AUGCCGAUAGCUGACGAUAGUAAAUUAUUACCAGUUGUAGAAGAGCCAAACAAGGCGGAUAAUUACGUUGUGGAUACUGUUUCUAGUAGUAAGAAUGAUAUGAACAGUUAUGGCCGCGAGUCGAAUAAUGCUGCGGAUGAUGAGAGCACCAAUCGUGAUAUAAAUAACACGGGAUUAGCAAAGGAUAAGGAACCGGCAAAUCCAGAUACAAUUACCAAUCUUCAAAAUGAUUCCAAUAAGGAUCUGAAAUCUAAUGAAUCUGAUGUGGCCGAAGAGACACAAGAUGCGACAGGAGACGAGACCAACAUAUCAGCAGAUGAAAAACACCCCAACUCAGCCGACAACGUGGAUGAAACAAAUCGAAGUAGACACACGAGUUCCUCAACAUCACUGAAUGCAAUGAAUCGAGUGAGUCCAGAACCCCAACAGCACAACGAGAACAGUCAGGACACCCCCCAAAAUGGGCUCAACAUCAGUCAACAGAAUGACACUGUUGUUCAAAAUGGCUGUCAUGUUAACGAAGCUUAUGAAAAAGACGAUGUAGAGACUAUCAAUGGAGGUGACAAUGCAGGGCCACUCCCAGACAAGAAGAGCAUUGGAGCAGGCGUGGAGCCAAUGGGAGAGGAUGCUGCAGAAGCGAAGAGAAGACGGGAAAAGGAGCCGCUUAAGAUUUGUGUAUGGAUGGCUGAGCGUACCAACACGUUCUUUGGAGUCACGCUUUUAUUCCAACUCCUGUUCUUGGUUAUAACCGCCAUUUUGCUGAGAGCUGGAUACGAUAUCAUCAAUUUCCAACUUUCCCAACUCCCACUGACGCUGAUCGAUGAUGUAGACUAUCUUAGGGCCAAGGCUUGGAAUCAGAGAGACUCUUUACUCCCGUCACUUGUCGAACGCUCGUCUCAAUCAGAUGAGAAAAGUGAGCUGGUUGCUAACAGGACGGAGACUGGAGAAAUUAUAGAAAUGUAUUUCGAAAUUAUAGGAGGGAACGUUUUCACCAAAGAAAAUCUUCAAAGAAUAAACGAUACGGAGGAGCAUUUCCUCAAAAACCAGGAAUUCGUGGAUGGCUUUUGUAAAGUUAGUGCUACUGGAGAGUGUGUGAAAUCGUUCUCUAUUCUGAGAUACUUUGACGGCACAUACGCUAAUAUUGAUCCAAUAUUUGAUGAUCCAAAUUUCGACAAUGUCGUGAACGUCCUUCAUAAAGCCGCAACUUUAGAUCAGACGAAACAACAGUUUCAGAUUUUCCUUGGGAAAAACAGUGUUAUCAAUGGGACCACGAACACUGCUGUUUCAUCUAUCACACGAUCUUGGAUCUACGUCGGCUCUCCACUGCCUGGAUAUAACACUUCAACAGACAGAGAAGACGAGCAGGAAACACUAUUGAAAGAUUUCUUUAAGUUAACAUUUGGCCCAAUGUUUAAACAAUAUUCAAUCGAUGGAGUAGGUCCAAUGGAUUUCAUAUACAGCAGUUCGACUAUGUUGAGCAAUGGCAUAAGCACACAGGCAAUGAUGGAUAUGAUGCUUGUCAUGGCUAGCUUCGCCUUCAUCUUCAUCUUCAUGUGGAUACAGACAGGAUCACUGAUGAUCACCGGCCUGGCACUCUUCUCUAUAUUGACCAACUUUCUCAUGGCCAACCUCAUCUACCGUGUCGUCUUUGACUUCAAAUACUUCGGUACAUUCCACAUUUUGGCCAUGUUCAUCAUCCUCGGGAUCGGCGCUGAUGACAUCUUUGUGUUUUUUGAUACCUGGAGGAUCAGUGCCCAUUACGAAUACCCGAGCCUGGCUCAUAGAGUGUCUGACGUCUACAGGAAGGCUUCGGCUGCAAUGUUAUUCACCUCACUUACAACGGCUGUGGCCUUCUUUGUUGGAGCAGGGUCCCCUUUACUCUCCCUUAACUCAUUCGGUCUAUUCUCUGGUAUAUUAGUAAUAGUGAACUACAUCUCCGUGAUCUUGUUCUUUCCUUGUGUAGUGGUGAAGUAUCAUAAAGCAUGGGAAAACUGGUCCUGGUGGUGUUGUCGACCAUGCCUGAAAAAGACGCGAGGUAACGACACUGUGGAGAUGCAUAAUUCUGCGGUUGAAAGCCAGCAACCCACAGAUUUGAAGGACAAUAGCCAGAGAAAAAAUAUCGCCGUUAAAUUUUUCAGGGGACCAUAUUUCAAGUUUAUCACACACAAGGUCGUGAAGUGGGUUGUGUUCGUAUUCUUCCUGGGGAUGUCAGCAACAUUUAUCUAUUUCGCAACAACAAUACAAGUCAACGAGGAACAGAUUAAAUUUCUAAAGGAUACAUCAAAUUUUGGUAAAGUGUUUGACAGACGAGCAAACGCGUUCAAGCCAAGCAACCAAGACAGGGCGGUCAAAGUGUACAUUGCCUGGGGUCUGAAGAAUCAGGAUAUGAGUGGUUGCCACAAGACGGACACAAGUUGUGACGGUGUUAGUGUAUACGAUGAGACGUUUAAUCUGAACGACGCCGGCACUCAAGAAGCUUUGGCAGCGUUCUGCACAAAGAUGAAAACGCUUAGUGCUGCUGAAGCAGAAGAGCUAAAAAUCAGGAGAAAUAUCGUUACUAAUGAUCUUGAGGUUCAGUGUUUCAUAGAUGACAUGGAGGCGUUUUUAAAGGCUGAUGAGAAUGCGACGUACACCAUCCCACCGAGUACCACAAUGAACAAGUACAGUCCUUCUGUGAAUCUAGACAUGCCCUGGGUGAAGAGCAACGUAGAAGCGAUCAUGAACGCACCACCUAUGAACAAUAUGUUCUACAAUGCAUCUGCCCUACCAGCGUCAUACAGCAACUAUUUUGAGGUGGCGCUGAACUACUGGCUGCAACAUGGGUUCGACUACGCCAACAACAUGGGGACUGUGGUGAGCAAUCUCAGGAGUUACAGUUCUAUUUUGGGAGAGGAGGAGUUGGCAGGUGUCACACAAAGAGAGAAUGUCACAUUUGGGGGCUCAACUAUCAAAGGUCCGAAGUAUGGUACACGGUUGAGAUACGCUGCAAUAGUAGUCAACACAAGUAUGAACUUUGAUUCCCUUGGCUACCCUACAGAUCUACCCAUCAGAGAUGCAUGGGAGAAUUUCGUCACAAAGGAGAUCAGCGCGAUGCCAGAACCAUUGCAGGGAGGGUUCCAAUGUACGCCUACCCUUUUCACCGCGUGGCAUUGGCUCAAAGUACAGAAGAGUUUGACUAAUUCUGCCAUUAACGGCAUCAUCAUCGGAUUGUGCAUUGCGUUCCCCAUAUUGAUCAUAGCAACCAAGAAUGUCAUUGUUGGAUUCUUCGCAUUGUGUAGCAUCGCCAUGGUAACGACAUCCGUGGUAGGAGUUAUCCCAUUGGCUGGUUGGAAACUAGGGAUAUUGGAAUGCCUAAACCUUGUGUUGAUAGUCGGUCUUUCUGUGGAUUAUGUCGUGCAUCUAGCGGAGGGAUAUAGUCGGUCUCCACACAAGGAUCGCCUGGGAAGGGUCCACUCGAUGCUGGAAGAAGUCGGCGUCUCUGUACUCUCUGGUUCCAUCACAACGCUCGGGGCAUCCUUUUUCAUAUUACUAGCCGAGAUCUUGUUCUUUACCCAGUUUGGAAUUAUCAUGUUCUCAACUAUAGGAUUCUCAGUGAUGUAUGCCUUGGGAUUUUUCACUGUCUUGUUAGUGUUGCUUGGGCCUCAGAAUGAGUUUGGUUCUAUUAUGCCCUUAGCACGUAAACUUAAAUGCUGUAAGUGAGUACGUCAGGUGAUUGAAAUUUCUCAACAUCAUAUUUGUUAAGUUAGCAUAAAAGGAGGUAUUGUAUUUGAGAUUGUAAG